AUGUCACUCAACGCAGCCUCUCUAUACAACGUUGAUGGCCUGGUUGCUCUCAUAACCGGAGGUGGCACUGGAAUCGGAAUAAUGAUGGCCAAGGCGCUUGCUCAGAAUGGGGCCGUCAAGGUAUACAUCGCUGCCCGACGCCUCGAGCCGCUGGAAGCAGCAGCUAAAGAGAUUGGUCCCCAAAUUAUCCCUCUCCAGUGCGAUGUCACUAGUAAAGACGAUCUAGAGAAGGCUGUACAGACUAUCAAGGCUAACGUAGGAUAUUUGAAUCUACUCAUCUGCAACUCCGGUACCAUUGGCGUAGGGGAGGCCAUGUUCGCCCAAGGCAGACACCCAUCCGUGGAAGACUUUGCCGCUCGUCACUGGAGCUUCAGCAUCAAGGAUUACAUGAAUCCAUUCAAUGUGAAUGUUGCUGGCGCCUGGUAUACUAGCAUUGCCUGCUUGCCGCUACUGGAUGCCGGAAAUAAAAAAGGAAAUGUCUCGCAAAGUUCUCAGAUUAUUGUCAUUAGCUCCACGUCCGGCUUGAGCAAGCGAGGCGAUGCCGGCUUUGCGUACGGACAGUCAAAAGCUGCAAGUAUACAUCUCGCCAAGCAGCUUGCAACGCUUCUGCCGGAAUGGGGGAUGCGCGCCAACUGCAUUACACCAGGCUUCUUUCCAAGUGAUCUGGUUUCCCCAAGCUUAGAAGUGUUCAAGAAUCCGGAUGGGACGCUGAAGAAGCUACCAAGAGCAUUUCCUCUUCGACGUCUAGGAAAUGAACAAGACAUGGGUGGAACGAUUCUGUACUUGGCUUCAAAGGCGGGUGCGUAUACUAACGGUACUACAAUGGUGGUCGACGGCGGAAUAAUGUUUCGAUUGCCGUCUGUUUUAUAA